GUAUAGUCACACACGUGAAUCCGUAUCGCUCAUCGCGCGCUCGUCGUGGUCGCCGUCUCGAUCGUGAAGAGACAUUACCGGUGCUAGGGUGCAUUAGAAGAGGUACCGCUUUCGGUACCCACAGAAUCGUGGAUUAUUAAAUAAAUUAACCAGCCGGCCAGUGGAUGGUGGAUGAAUGGAUAAUCGGCCAAUUUGGAUUUCGAAAGAAUAAGUAACGCGUGUUGUGAGGUGGUUUCGUUGAUGAUUAUAGUUAAUUUCGGUUUGCUGCAUUCGAGGGAUUAUGAGUUCGGCCCUAAAAAUGAGCGAAUUCAAACGAAGUCCUAGUAAAGUUUGGUGGGGAAGCGAAACGAUGGAAUGGAGAGAAGUAUCCACCAGUCCCGGCAGCCAAGACUCGGGAUUCUCAGACACAGAAACCUCUCCCAACCUUCAACAACAAAACACAAAAAACACCACGUCCACUCCGAAAAAAGACUCACCUUCACAAAGAAUUCCCAAAGACAUAUUUAAAGAACUAUCAUCGGAAAACGCGAAACAAAAUCUCAGUUGCAACGUUAAAGAAAAGACCACACCGGAAAAAGAUAAUUUGGUGAAGAGAUUGGUCCAUUCGGAAAAGAAGCUUCCUCCUAGAAGUCCUAGGGCUGAAAGGACGUCGAGUUUAGUGCGGAGUGAACCUGUAAGGAAACAACGCUAUACGAAAAACUCGCCUAAGGUUAGCAGAAAUUUGUUUAUUUCGAAUUCCAAACUGAGAACAGCUAAUCAGUAUGCAGAGGAGCAAGCCGAGACACACACAUAUCUUAAUACCAGCGAAGAAGUGACAGUCGACGAUAGUUAUUCAUACAAAACAGAAACUACACAAGAUACCUUCGAAUAUACAACAAAAUCAUUACCUCCAGGUUCACCGGGCGAGGAUCACUCCCUGGAUGAAAAAAGCAAAUCGGCCCCGGCGGUUUUGGAACGAAUUAGGGAAGAUGAAGGUGUGACCAGUUUUAAUUCGCUGUCCAGUGAUUGUGAAAGUGAAUUGGAGUGUUUGUUUAAUGGUGUGGAAUCGCCGAAACAUACGUCCACGCCAAAGACUGAUUUUAGCGGGAAUAUGCGACAAAGGAAAGAGAAGCUGCCGCUCAGUUUGUUCUUGAAGUAUCAGCAAGAAAGGGUUCCACCGAUUCCCAGCGACUUCUAUGACGUAGACAACAAAUCCGUAGAAAUGUGGCUAAAGGAGGCCAGACACAACUACGAGCAGGAGUGUAUGACUACCCUUCAAUGCAAAUCGAUAGUGGGGGAGCUUAAUCAAAAGGUCUCUCAUCUCGCAGCGUGUACCACGACUAUAGUGCGAGGGAUUAUAUCACAUUCCAGAUGCAUAGAGAUGGAGUACAAUAGUUUAAAUAGCAGCGAUCCAAAAAACAUAAACCCCUUAAUCCAAAGCUUGGUCGGAAAUAUUUCAGACUUUUUAAAAAGCCACAAUCACCAACUCAACCUCAGCAUACUAAAACUGUGCGACGAAGCAAAAACUUCCAAAGGAGAUGUAGCUCUAAAACUGAUCUCGGUACUCUUUACUCACUGGCAGGAAGCCCGUAAAGAGGCACUCACCAAAGAAAUAAAAAAUUUAGUCAAUAAACUCGAAAGUCCUACUUCUGAACUAGAUCUUCGGGCCACCAUAACAGGAAUCACUUCGAUAGCUCUAAGGAAUGAAGAAGUUGUCGAGAUUUGUACCAACGCAGAUAUCGUGCCAAUUUUGCUAAUUCUGUGCGAAAAAUGCGAAGGAUCUUCCAUGAGGAGUCUUUUGCUACGAGCCUUGAGCACUGUUUGCUGCAGUUCUUCAGCGGUAAGGCAGUUUGAAAAAUUCUCAGGCGUACAGAUUAUAGCAGAUACAUUGGAGGAAUAUUCUAGACCAGAGACGGAAAGGUCUGAAGCUGUAGCGUUACUGGCUCAAGUCACUGCUCCUUGGGUGGAAGACAACCAUUCGGUUAAAGGUUUACAGGACUAUUCCAGAAAAUUAGUCAAAUCUUUAACAAAAUUCGCAGCUAAUACCAAGUGCUGCCAAAAUUUGCUCUUAUGUGCAGCAGCUCUAGCAAAUCUCAGCACCAUGGACUCGAAAGCAAUAAAACACAUGAUCCACAACAACACAGCUAAAUUCCUUAUGGAAAACAUUCAAUCUCGUGGACCGGCAGCUUCGAUAUACCUGCUGGAGCAGAUGGCAACCCUUCUGGCAAAUCUCUCAGCUUCCGACGUCGCUAGAAAACAGCUGACUGAAAUGAAAGCACCGACGGCACUUUUGUGUUUUUUAAAGAUGAAUCUGAAUGGAGAAGAUGUAGAAAAAAGACUGCAACAGAAAAGUAUCAUCGCUUUGUCGAGGCUAUGCGGGGAACGGGGUGCGGCAAUGCAAGUGGUUGAAUUGGGGGGAGUUGAUAAACUAGUCAUGAUGUGUAGAGAAAAGGAAGAACGGUUUGAUAGCGACGCAGUAUUGGUGGCAGCAUUGGCGACGCUUAGAAAGAUCGUCGAUACGUGCGGAAGUGACGUUUUGAGUGCCCAAGACGCUCAAGAGUUGGUCGAACCGAAGCUUCUUGACUCAUUUUUAGCCUACUCAUCUCAGAACGAGAGCUACGUAUGAUAUUUUUAGAAGGCCUAAUGGAUUUUGAAAAAUCGAGCUUAGUUUGUAUUUUAUUCAAAUACAUGUAUUUAUUACAGCAUAUAUAAGGACACAUCAAAUUCAAAACACCAAAAAUCAUGUCGGUCUUGGAAUUAACAGCGUAGGCGCAAAAUUUCGUUUCAAUGCUUAUCAAAUGCAUUCAUUUUUUUCGAAUCCUGAGAAAAAUAGGAAUUUUUAAAAAAUUUAAACGUAGAAUGAAAGGUUCUAGCCGAAGGGCCGAAGUCCCCUGAAAACUUCUAUAAUCUUUAUUUUAAUAAGUUAUGGGGUGGAAUGAAGAUACAAUUGAGUGUGAUUUGUAAUUUUCAAAUAUCUCAUUCAAAAGAAAGUUUUUGUUUAUUCUAAAAGACUUUCUACCCUCGGUAAUGAUGUAAUAUUUCAUUCUGCGUUCAAAUUUUUCAAAAAUAUUUAUUAGCUUUCCAGGAUUUAAAAAAAAAUGAACACCAUGUCCAUGGUGAUAUUUUCCAAAUCGAACAUUCGCUAUCUUUGUCAUACAACACACUCAAUCGAACAGAAUGUGGUGACAAGACAGUGACAAACAAGGCUACUAAAUAUUUGACUCGGCUUCAGGAAGAUUUUGAGUUAUUUUUAUUAAAUAAUAUAGAGAGUGUAUUCAAGAAAUAAUUGAUUUAAGACGUGAAAUUAACAAAAAGUUAUUUAUUGUUUAUUAUUUAUGGAAGAUCCAAGCACAGAACACACCAGGGUAUAUUCUGUAAUCCAAGUAUUUUGUUGUUAAAGAUGUUCAAAAUUUAUCUAAGUGUUCCACAUUAAAAAUAUAUUAUUAAAAUUACUGUAUCACUUUUUUGUAUAGUAUAUACAUUAUUGUAAAAACUGAAUCAUAGUUAGUGAAAAAAUAAAACUAUUAAUUAACUAAAUUAAUUUAAGCGAUUAUACAAGUACCGGUUAUCCAAGAACUUUCAAAAACUGAACGAAAUAGUCAUCUCUAUGUUAAUGAUGACAAUGUCAUUGUGUACUAAUGUUUACAUAUCCAUACCAGUGUGAAUUUUACUACACGUAAUUUGCCGUGUAAAGACAGAAAAAGUAGGAAUAGCCGUAAAAUAUUUGUGCCUACUCUCUUAAUAUCUGAAAAACCUAAUAAUAGGAAAGUAUACAGGGUGUUUCAUUAAUAAUUGUCCAUAUAGUAACUGGAGAAACCUUAGCAUAAAAUACGAAGAUUUAACCUAAAACGCUUAAAUAAAAUGUGGUUCCUUACUGAGUUACAGGGUGUUUUGUCUAAAAAUUUAAAAACUAUUUUUGCUCAGCAUUUUAAAACUAUUCGAC